CCACCUCUGCACCACCCAUCGCCACCAACAGCCAUAUUACCAGAGCAUCCACCAUGAGUUUCUUCCGCCAUAACCACAAAAACGAUGACCACCACCGGCAAGAGCCGCCGCGGCCUUCCCAUCCACCACCAUCAUCUUACCCUCCUCAGUCUUCCUACCCUUCGCAGCCACUCUCAUACCCUCCACAGUCGUCUUACCCUCCUCAAUCAUCCUACCCUCCGCAGCAGUCCUUCCCUCCGCAGCAGUCCUACCCUCCACAGCAGUCCUACCCUCCUCAAUCCGGUUAUCAGUCGCAUCAGGGCUAUCAACAGCAACCAGGUUAUCAACCGCAGCCGGCGCACCAGCACCACCAGCACCACCAGCAUCCCACCGGCCACUACCCCGGCGAGGUACACAACAACCCCACUGUUAGAGUCUACACCAAAGCCGAGGAAAACUACUCUCUCUCAAUCCGCGAGGGCAACGUUGUUCUAGUUCCGGCGAAUCCCCGUGACGACUACCAGCACUGGUACAAAGAUUUCCGCUGGGCGAACGAAGUGAAGGAUGAUGAAGGCCUUCCUGCUUUUGCGUUGGUUAAUAAAGCUACUGGUUUGGCCAUUAAACACUCUCUCGGCCCAAAACACCCUGUUCGUCUGAUACCAUUCAAUCCGGAGUUCAUGGAUGAGUCGAUUCUGUGGACGGAGAGCUACGAUACAGGGGAAGGCUAUCAUUGCAUCAGAAUGGUGAAUAAUAUAAGGCUUAACUUUGAUGCCUUCCAUGGCGAUAAGGAUCAUGGUGGUGUUCAUGAUGGCACCACUGUUGUGCUGUGGGAGUGGCUUAAGGGGAAGAAUCAGAGGUGGAAGAUUGUUCCUUACUACUCGCAGCCAUACCCCUACACCGAUCCCCACCCUAACCGUUACAACGGUGACAUAGCUCACAACACCACCUUCAGAAUUUACAGCAGGGCUGAAGAUAACUACUCUCUUUCCAUCCGUGAACAAAACGUCGUCCUUGUUCCGACGAACCCCCGUGAUGAAUUUCAGCACUGGUACAAAGAUUUCCGUUGGGGGAACGAGGUGAAGGAUGAGGAAGGUCUCCCUGCUUUUGCACUUAUUAAUAAAGCUACUGGUUUGGCCAUCAAGCACUCUCUUGGCGCAAAACACCCUGUUCGUCUGAUACCAUUCAAUCCGGAAUACAUUGAUGAAUCGAUUCUGUGGACUGAGAGCCAUGAUGUGGGAAAGGGUUAUCGCAGCAUUAGGAUGGUGAACAACAUAAGGCUUGGUUUUGACGCCUUUCAUGGAGAUAAGGAUCAUGGUGGUGUUCAUGAUGGCACCAUUGUUGUGCUGUGGGAGUUUCUCAAGGGGAAGAAUCAGAGCUGGAAGAUUGUUCCUUUCUACUAGAGGGAAGGUAUACUUUUCUGUCGCCAGUGCUCAGUAAUGCAUGCUGGAAUGAGCGUGAGGAGUUGCAUCUGUUGCUGUU